UCCCGACGGCGGGAACUUAACUCAGACAGGGAGCUAAUCCCGGAUUCCUCUGCUUCCCCUUCUACUUUUGGCUUCGGUUUAAUCCUUUUGGGUGGCCGUCAGCGGAGCGCGAUGGUUCGGGGGCAGGAGCGAGUGGUGGCUUUGGCGGAUAUGGACUGUUUCUAUAUACAGGUGGAGCGACGGCUGGAUCCCCGUCUGCAUGGAAAGCCGUGUGUCGUGGUGCAAUAUAAGACGUGGAAAGGUGGCGGGAUAAUUGCUGUGAGCUAUGAAGCACGUGCUUUUGGAGUUAAAAGAAACAUGUGGGCUGCUGAUGCCAAGAAGUUAUGCCCAGAUCUUGAGUUGGCUAGAGUGCCAGAGGCCCGUGGCAAAGCAGAUCUCACCAGAUAUAGAGAAGCCAGCAUAGAGGUGAUGGAAGUGAUGUCACGUUUUGCUGUGAUUGAACGUGCCAGUAUUGAUGAAGCUUAUCUGGACUUAACACAAGCUAUACAGGAAAGGCUGAAAAAGAUGGAGGGUCAACCUAUUUCAGCAGAGCAAUUGGGAACUACGUAUAUUCAAGGAUUCCCAAAUAGCCUUGAAGAAGAAGAAAAUACGGACAACAAAGAGGAGAUAAGGCAACGUGGUGUGUGCCAGUGGCUCAAGUCAUUGCCUUUUGUAGAUCCCAGCAAUCCAGAAUUGCAGCUGACAGUAGGGGCAGCGAUCAUGGAAGAAAUGAGGGCUGCAGUGGAGUCUGCCACUGGAUUUCAAUGUUCUGUUGGAAUUUCUCACAAUAAGGUAUUAGCAAAACUGGCCUGUGGCCUCAACAAACCAAAUCGACAGACUCUGGUAUCCCAGGGGGCUGUUCCUCAGCUCUUUAGCAAGAUGCCAAUCGGCAACAUUCGCAACCUUGGAGGGAAACUAGGUGCUUCUAUUACUGAAUGUCUCGGAGUGCAAUAUAUGGGAGAGCUGAUCCAGUUCAGUGAAUCACAGCUUCAGACACAUUUCGGAGAGAAGACUGGAUCCUGGUUAUAUGAACUGUGCAGAGGAAUUGACUUUGAGCCUGUGAAAGCUAGACAAUUGCCAAAAUCCAUUGGUUGCAGUAAGAAUUUCCCUGGAAGAACAGCAUUGGUUACCCAGAAGCAGGUGCAGUAUUGGCUUUUGCAAUUGGCCUUGGAGCUGGAAGAAAGAUUGAAUAAGGAUAGAGACCAGAACAACCGGGUAGCUAAACAAUUGAGUGUUGGGAUCCAUUUGCAGGGUGGUAAACAUACCAAUAUAACACGCUGCUGUGCCUUGUCCCAGUAUGAAGCUCAAAAAAUUAGCAGAGAUGCCUUUGCACUAAUCCAGAACUGUAACACAGCAGCAGGCCAGCAAGCAACAUGGUCUCCUCCUGUUACACUUCUUCAGCUCUGUGUGAGCAAAUUUACUGAGGCUUGUACAGUAUCGUCUGUGGAUAUUACUUCCUUCCUAACUAAUAAUAGCCAAUGUACACAACACACCUCCACCAUUACAGAAAGCAUGAAUGCAAAGUUCCUUGAAAGUCCCAAAAAGGAGACCAGCAAGAAGGCAGUUAAUGCUAUUGAAAUGCUCUUUCAAAAGGCAGCAAAAAGAAAACAAGCCCAGGCUAUUGCUGAGCAUUUUGUUCCUGGUGUAAAUGAUAUCAUAGUACCAUCAGCUACUCAGGUCAAGGAUUCUCAAAAUAGCAGCCAUGUUUCAGAAGGCUUAACGGAAACAAGCAACCCAAACGUGAUGCAGAAACAGCAGUUGAUGGAGCAACCUUUGCAAGACACCACUUUGACUGGUGAAGGUUAUGCAUCAUCUUCAGAAAUGAAAAUCCUUCCUGGUUCAUUUAAAGAAGAAAACGUGCAGACGGCUCCUGGACUUUUGCAGGAGGGAGCUGUGAGUUUGGCUGAUCCCUCCUCAAUGAAUGAUUGCUUGUUAUGUGAGAAAUGUAACCAAAGAGUGGCAGUGUGGGAGUUCAGUGAACACUUAGAUUACCACUUUGCUGUAGAACUGCAGAAUUCUUUCUCGGGGUCUAACUCCUUCAGAUCAGUUCAAUCUCUUGCCAGUCCAAUGAAGGAGAAAAAUAAAUCAAGGGAACAGAGAACCACUAGUGCCAAACGACCAAAGCAAGAUGGAACGAGGACUUUAGAUUUCUUUUUUAAACCAUUGCCACCAUAGUUGCGCACUUGAGUAACCGGUGACUUAGAAAAUGUACUUUCUCUGAUUAACUAAUCCUAAUAAAUUAUUCCUUAAAACGUAAUCUUUCUGGGAGCUAAUAAAUGGGGAUAAAAAUCUGUAAUAAAAGGUAUGCUGUCUGCAGGGCCUUCUGUUACUUUAUUGACAAGAUGACAAUGGACAACGUGACGAUGAGAUUACGUUCUGCUAAUAGUUCUGUAGUUGUCCCAUGGCUAGUUUUAAAAUGGAGCUCUGUAAGUAAGAAUUUAUCUGCUAUCUAUCAUGUAGAAGAUUUGCUUAUUUCAAAAGUCUUGCAUUCAUGUAGAGGUUCUAAGAGCCAGAUUACAGUCAAGAUUACAAUGAGUGAAAAUCAUAAGAAACCUUGAUAUCAGACAGCACAUAAUUUUGGAUUUGAUUUUGAGACAGGAUUAAAAUCUAGACUUGCCACAGAUGGUGGAUUUCAACUUCUAUUAUCCUUUCCUAUUGGUUCUGCUAGCUGGAUUUGAUAGCAUUGAGGAGUCCACAACCUUUGGAAAACAACAGUUCAGUUCUUGCUCUCUUGCAUUUUUUAAAAUUUCUUAAGAACCUUUCUAUAUAUUUUCUAAACUUAUGUAAAAAACCCUGUAUUAUACGUUCAUUGGGGCCGCAUGCCGAAAAAGGCAAACUUCUGGGUUCUAGUACGCAUAACAAUCAGCUGGCCGGCAUGCAUGCUGGUUUUUGGCACUGCCAUACACAAGCAGAACAGCUGAUUGUUGUGUGCGCAUGCGCUCCAGAAACCCAGAAGACAAAACAGGCAAGGCCGCGCAUGCCACGCAACAUGGCUUCGCGUGCUAUAGAUUCGUCAUCACGGUACUAGUGUAUAAAAUCAGAGCAAAUCCACUCCCUACUAGUAUUGAUGAUAUUACCUAGUUUGGUAUUGAAACACCUGUAAGAAAACAACCAAAUUUAGAGAGCACCAAAAAUUCCACAGUUCAACCCUCAGAUACAAAUAUUCUCUUCUAUAAUUUGUUCUUUUUUAUCUAUGACAAAAUUGCACAAUGGGAUCAUCUUAAUUUAAUUAAAAAUAGUUUACUAUUGGAUUAAUCAGAGCUGUCAAACGUCCGGCCCAGAGGCCAGAUGCGUCAUGGGCUGUCCACAUCCACGGCUAGUUUAGCAAAGGGGGAAAAAGUCCCGAUGUUACUUGACGCCGUCGUGAUGAUGUGAGUUUGACACCCCUGGAUAAAUACUCUCUCAUUAUUUUGGAUCCACUCAUUAGGAAGAAGCUGUUUAUAGCCUUUGCAGUAUUUUGAUACUGCAAGAGGUAUUUAGAAUACCUCUUGGCAUUACAAUAUAUGCAACUUAAGUAUUUGUUAUUUAUUUGAAUCUCAAUCUGUUAAUACUGCAAUUGUCAGAAGAGCUGGAAGAAUCAUCUAUGGGUCCUAAACCAGUAAACCUUCUUUGUAAGAGGUUGAAGGAAAUUGGUGAAAUUGAUAUUAUUUACAUGAUCUUUUAGGGACGCGGUGGCUCAGUGGCUAAGACGCUGAACUUGUCGAUCAGGUCGGCAGUACGGCGGUUUGAAUCCCU